UCUGGGAAUAUAUAAAAGAUACCUUCUGGAAAUAUUUGCAUUGAAAACAUCCAUCGAACACUGUACAUAUCACUCAAGAUGAGCGACACCAUGCGAGCUAUCGGCAUCAAAGGCGACAAAGGCCCCGCAACAAGCCUCUUCAUCGACCAGAUCGCCAAGCCCACCGCCACAGAAGGCCAAGCUAUCAUCAAGAUCCGGGCCUUCGGCCUGAACCGCAUGGACCUGCUCCAGCGCGAGGGUCUAUACCCCCUCCCACCCCAAGCACCCGCAACCAUGGGCGUCGAGUUCUCCGGCGUGAUCGAGAGCUUCGGACCAGACGGACACGAAGACUUCAAGAUCGGAGAUGAAGUAUUCGGUCUUGCAUACGGCGGCGCCUACGCAGAGUACAUUGUCGUCUCGAGUCACAUGCUAGUGCACAAGCCGAAAGAGCUAUCCUGGGAAGAGGCAGCCGGAGUCCCAGAGACCUGGAUCACAGCCUCGCAAGCCCUCUUCCUAAUCGGCGAAUUCCAAUCCGGCCAAAGCGUCCUCUGGCACGCCGGCGCCUCCUCAGUCUCAAUCUCCGGAAUCCAACUCGCGAAAGCCGCCGGCGCAAAAGCCAUCUACGCCACAGCGGGCUCGCAAGAGAAAAUCGACUUUCUCGAAAAAGAGCUCGGCGUGACAAAAGCCUUCAACUACAAAACCCAAGACUGGGCGGCAGAGAUCCAGACCGCUACCUCUGGCGCGGGCGUGAAUCUAACCGUGGACUUCAUCGGCGCGACGUAUUUCCAGGGAAAUCUGACUGUGGCGGCGCGCGACAGUCGGAUUGUGCUGCUGGGCCUUAUGGGUGGCAGUAAGUUGCCUGCGGGUGUUGAUAUUGGGGCGUUGCUGUUUAAGCGUGUGCGGAUUGAGGGGAGCACGCUGCGCAGUCGGGAUCUGGAGUACCAGCGGAAAUUGCGCGAUACGCUUGUUGAGCACGCGUUGCCGCAGUUUGUGGAUGGGACGUUUAAGGUUUUUGUGGAGAAGGUGUUUCCGUUUGAGGGGAUUGAGGAGGCGCAUAAGUUGCUUGAGAGUAACACUACUAAGGGGAAGAUUAUUUGUGUUUUUGAGUAGACGCAACCUUCCAAGAUUGGACAUGGUACAUGGUACAUAGUACAUAUAACUAGUUAUGUGGAAUAGUAUGUACAAUAUAUUCCAAGUCUAUGUCCAAAAUCUGAUACUUGGUGAUAGCCAAGAGAUCGACAAAGUAAACCCCACCCUUGCCAUUUGCAGAAUACAGAAUAUGCUAA